CGAAUCUGCUGCUUGUGAAUCUGCAGCUGAGGCGAAAGUGCUGCUCUGCCUUUGCCCUUCGCUGGGAGACUUUGCCCAGGGCUGCAGCCAUUGCACUGCUGAGGCUGAUGGCAGCAUUAAGACUGCACAGACACCUCCUGCAGCUGCCCAAGUGCAGUCCCCAAUGCUGCAGGCUCAGUAGUAGGGCUGCCCAGGCCUUCCCAGUCCUCAGGGGGGACAUUCUACCCAUCCACAAGCAUGUCUAUGAGGCCAAUUCCAGGAACAGUCACCGCUGCAGAGACAGGUACCUGGAGCUUUCGGGGAAGGUGAAGUUGGGAGGGGGCGAGAACGCCAUCUUGCGCCAUACCCAGAGGAACAAAAAGCUGCUGGUGCGGGAGAGGUUGAAACUGCUUUUGGACGAUGAAAACUUCCUUGAACUGUCUCCGUUGGGGGGUCUUGGUCUACCGUACGGUGAUGUGCCUUCUGCCGGCUGCCUUACUGGUGUCGGGAGGGUCUGUGGUAUUUGGUGCAUGUUUAUCGCUAAUGACGCCACAGUAAAAGGAGGAACUGCCUUCCCGAUCUCCGUGAAGAAGCAGCUGAGGGCCCAGGAGAUCGCCAUGCAGAACAGGCUGCCCACUGUGUACCUGGUGGAUAGCGGAGGGGCCUUUCUGCCUCUGCAGGCUCAGCUGUUCCCCGACAAGGAGCACGGCGGAAGGACGUUUUAUAACGAAGCCAUCAUGUCAGCUCUGAGAAUCCCCCAGGUGGCGGUAGUGUGCGGAUCAUGUACAGCAGGCGGAGCGUACAUUCCCACCAUGGCAGAGGAGACCAUCAUGGUGGACAGGAUUGGGACUAUAUUUUUAGCGGGACCCCCACUUGUUAAGGCUGCCACCGGGGAGGACGUAUCGGCUGAAGAACUUGGCGGAGCCAAACUUCACUCCAGAGUCAGCGGUUGUGUCGAUCAUUUUGCAGCUACAGAACCCGAAGCCUACAGCUGCGCCCGACUCAUCAUUUCUACCCUGAACUUUGACCCGCCACCCGAUGGCGCCAACGUGUUUGAAGAUCCUCUUUAUGACACUCGUGAGUUAGCGGGGCUCGCACCAAGAGAUUACAGCUGCACUCUGGACAUAAAACUGAUCCUGAGUCGCCUUGUAGACGGCAGUAAAUUUCUGGAGUUCAAAACCGAGUAUGGCACAACACUGGUGACCGGAUUUGCUUCCAUUGAACGGAAUUUGGUUGGAAUCGUGGCUAGCAAUGGUGUGCUUACUCAUGAUGCUGCACUGAAAGGAAGCCACUUUGUGCAGAUUUGUAACCAGCGUAACAUCCCUCUGCUGUUUCUUCAAAAUACAACUUCUCAGGAACCCCUUCCGCCGAGUCUGUCAAAGGCAGAAGAUUUGACAAACAGGCUAAAGGCUCAGGCCUCUAUGAUGACUUCUGUAGCUUGUGCCUCGGUGCCGAAGAUCACAGUGGUCGUUGGUGGAUGCCACGGAGGAGAAAGCUUUGCAAUGUGCGGGAGAUCAUUUGAGCCAAACUUUUUCUUCCUUUGGCCAAAUGCAAGAAUUGGUCUUGUAGACGCUGACAGUGCUCCACCUAGCAUACAGAAGGGAGACGGCUCAGAAGAUGGGGAAGAGUUCACUGCUUUAUUGUCCAGACUAAAGGAGGAAAGUUCAGCAUUUUACUCUUCAGCCAGACUCUGGGAUGACGGAGUGAUUCUUCCUGAAGACACCAGACAAGUACUCAGCAAGUGCCUUCAAAUUAUCCAUCAAAGGAAGUAUGAAAAGGCCGCCAUCCAUUCGUCUCCAUUGCUGAGAAUGUGAUACACUUUUUUGUUGUUGUAA